AUGGUAUACAUUACGCUUCCGGUCGCGUACACGUUGUUGUACGUGACAGUGGUCUCUUUUGCAGCGGUUGUAGUGGUGCUUCAGAGUUGUUCCAAUGGGCGCCUCGUGGAGACAGUGAGGGAGAGCCUGUUCCAUCCCAGCGAAGAGUUGCUUUCUUCGCGGGGUCAGCACGGCUGGGUGUCGCUCAUGCUCUCGCUCGUGGCGUCGUUCAUGGGUAACUGGGUUCUGUUUCUGCCUUUGGACGCCGGCGCGUAUUACGGGUGGCCAGGCAUCACUGGCUACGCCAUCGCCAGUUGUCUUCCCUAUGUGGUGCUGCUCUGGUUUGCCCCGUUAGUUAAGAGGAUGACUUUGACAGAGGGAUUCGCAGGGACGGACUACCUCGUCUCGCGUUACGGCCGCACGGUGCAGGUGGGCGCGACGCUCGUUUCUCUUUGUUUCAUGUUUGUCUGCCUGUCCAUGGAACUUACUACAGUUGGAAUCACCAUGAGAGCCGUGACGGGCGGCGCGUUCCCCGUUUUCGCGGCGGUCAUACCUAUCGCGCUCGUGACACUCGCCUACACGACCUACGGCGGUCUGCGAGCCUCGAUCAUGACUGACGUGUACCAGGGAGGCCUUAUUGUCGGCUUGCUGGUGCCGCUUCUGGUAACCGUGUGCCUCACAGGGAAGAAGGGUGUGGAGGAACUGGGGGGCGCGGCGACUGAGGCGUUCUCGACGCCGCUUUCCAGGCAGUACAUUGCUGGAGCCGUGCUAAUCGUCAGUAUCUGGCCAACGUUUCUGUUUGAUCAAGGCAUUUGGCAGCGCGUGUGGGCGGGGAAGUCUGUGAGGGACGUGCGAAUCGCGUUGGGUGGGGCCGGGGCGUUGGCGUUUGUCUGCGUCUUUUUGUCCGGGGCCAUGGGAAUCGUCUGCCGGGAGGAGGCACUGGCCUAUGCGCAGCAGCAAAACGAAGAAAACGUGAGUGUUUUUGCGUAUCUCGCGCAGACGCUUCCGGCCGCGUGGGUCGGCGUGCUUACUGUCCUGGCAGUGACAUGUGUGUCGUCAUCAGUCGACACGUUUCAAACGGCGCUCGCGUCCGUUUUCGCCCAGGAUCUCAUUCGGAAACAACUUUCCUUCAACUGGGCACGCGUGUUAAUCGUCUGCUUGAACGUGCCCGCAAUCCUCGUCGCCGCACUUCAGCUGGACGUUCUCAUGCUCACAAUGAUCGCCAACGUCAUGUGUGUCAUCGGCGCCGGGCCACUCGUUGCCAGCGCGUGGACGAAGACAAACCGAGUGGGAAUGAUUGGAGGAUUUUGCCUUGCCUUCCUCGCAUUCCUUACCUGUGGAUGGAUUACGACAGGCGAUUUUGUACAAGGUGUCGCGUUCAUUGCGCCGGUGGACUUCUCCGACGUGCCCUACCUUGUUGCUUUCAUUCUCGUUCCUCUCAUCGGCGCGGUGUCAACUGUCGGCGUGAGCUGUCUGUACACCUGGUUUUGUGCGCGCUGCCUUCGGCCAAGCAAGGAAACAAGUAAAGUGCUGUCGCGCCACGUGGAAAUCAGCGACAUGUUGGCUGCAUCAGAACAGAAAAUGCAGUCGAACGUGAGCAGCGCAGUCUCCUUAGAGAAGUGCGUCGGCGAUGAGCAAAAAGUCGAAGACGGCGGACCAACGGUGUUCGAGAUUUUUCCGGCAGCCGACAAGUAG